UUACAAAAAUAUUAAAGAGUAUUAUAGACAAAAAUGACACAAAAUAGAUAUUAAUCUAAAAAGACAUAGUUAUCAUUUUUUUUCUCUAAAAAACAAUUUUCCCAAUAAUAUUGUACUAAGUCUUAUUUAGGUGUAAUUAAUUUGUAUUUCUCAGUUAAAACAGAAUAUGACUAUUUAAGCAAAAAAAAAAAUAACUAGAUCCAAGACAAAGAUAGCUGGAUUAUUAGAUCGAAUCAACAUCAAAGUUUGUUUGGAAGUGUCAUCCAAAAGAAAAAAAUAACUGAGAAUAUUUAAGCUAAUCAUUUAUAUUAUUUUAUUUCACAAUAAUUGUAAUAAAUAUAAUUGUUAAUUAAUUAAUUGGAAAAUAAAAUAAAAGAGAGUAGGGAAAUCAAAAUAAGGGAAUAAAAUCUAUACAUGUAACGUAAUGUAUUUGUGUGCGUGGCGUAUCUAUUGAAAUCUGGACACAAUCUGAUCCAGCGAUGCAUUAGUUAUUAUACGUAUAUAUGUUUUUAAAUAAAAACUUAAAAUAAAAAUUAAUUAAGAAAGGCUUAUAAAACGGACCAACAAUUCACCAUGAAAGAGAUCUCUCUGAUUCCUUAGCUCAAAGCCAACUAAACAAAAAAAAUUCAAUUUCUCUCUAGAGAAGACUUUCUCUCUCUAGUUCUUGAUUUUCCGGUGUACAUCAAGAACGGAGAUUAAAUUAAAUCUGAUAAAAGAAACAUGGCAAGUAAUUUCUUUGGUAAGCCAAACAUGAGAGGAUCUUCGCCGUCUUCAGCGUCUCCAACAUCGUCUUCUUCAUCUCCGGCGACCAAAAGAGGGAAGAAGAAUGGUUCCGAGAAGCCAAAGCAGCCACAAAGAGGUCUCGGAGUAGCGCAACUUGAGAAAAUUAGAUUACACGGCGAGAUGAGUUGCAACAAUUAUAAUCCGUCUUUGUAUCCUCAGGAGAAUGUGAGGAUGCAAGGAGAAUAUUCAUCCAUACCAUCAUCAUCACCAUCCUUUACAUAUGCAUCACCAUCAUCGACUCCUUAUGGCUUCUAUCCAGAUAUGAUGAUGGGUGUACAUAGAGAUCAGUACGAAAGAGCAACCAUGAGUUGGAAUCCAAGCUACGGCAUCUUAGAGAGCCAACAUUCUUUGGAACCAAACAUCACCAGACAUUUCUUACACGAGGAUCCAAGUUCUACAAGGCGAAGUAAAUCGUUGGGAUCAGGAAACCAAAACUCGGGAUCGAGUGACAAUCAAGAGCUAGAUUUGGAAUUGAGAUUGUCAAUUUGAUCAUUUUUAAUAGUUCGAUCUUCACGAAACUGAAAAAGUCUCGCAUUGUGAUUAUGCUGAAAAUAAAAACUAAGCAACAUCUGAUUGGUUUCGAUUUGGGGGUAUAACUUAUUUUAUUCGUAGGAUUGUUUGACCGUUUCUGUAGAAAAAUGUUUAAAGAAUGAAAAUCUUUUGUAAAUCUUAAGAAAUAUAAAAAGUUAGAUUAUAAUCUAUUCAUGGUAAAUUCUCUUGAAGCGAACAUGUUAAACUAUGUACGUAGUUGUGACAAAGAGACAAAAAUGCGGGUGUGAUUGGUAAGAGCCGUGAUUUCAUUUUUUGGCUAUAGAAAUAUUGCUGUGACUUUUUUGGCUUUGGUUCUAGAUUUUUAACUUUUAAAAGUCUUUAAAUUUGGAUUGUAAGAAUUUGUUUCUGCAGAGCAAUUAUAAAGAGAUAAAUUUAAAGAAAUGUUGUGGACUAAAAAAAAAGGUUGUGAGCUUAUAAAAAAUAUAAAUCAAGAUUGGUGUAGAUUUAGAGUUGUGGGUAUAAUUGUGGCUGUGGAGAGCAAUUACGACAAUAGCCAAUCAUACCCAAUAUAUAUCGCAUCCAUUUUCAUUAACAUUCACUUCAUUGCCAUUCUUCUUAUAAGAAUUUGUGUAUCUUAGAUCUUAAAGGUUAUAAUUUAUUUUGGUGUAAAGCAAAACAAGAAUCAAUCUAACCCUGAGGCACAUGAGGAAGUAACCAUUAACGAGGGCCAAAACAAAGUUAGGAGGAGAACAGUUAGAAACAAUAAAGCAAGAUCACCACAGGUGGGGCUUAGUAUUCUUCGAGGAGCUAGCUCAAAGAAAAAAACUCUCUCAACUCAAAAACUCAACAGGGGGCGGUAAGAAUUGAAGAUUAGAGGCUCCAACAAAGAUCAGACUACGGUUGACCUAGCAAACUUGGCUACUGAUGCUCCAAAUUCCCCAAGGAACCUACCUAUCCAACUAAUUUUGGCCAUGACUAAGAAGAAGGCGGAUUUUCGGGUUCCCCCUCCCCAGACUCCUUAGUCGUACUGAGCUGGAACUGUUGUGGGCUGGGGAACCCCCAUAACAGUCCAGCGUUUAAAGGAGCUUCGGAAGAAGAAGUCUCCUGACAUCGUUUUC